AUGGCGUCGUUCGCCAACCCCACCCAGAUCUUCGCUGAAGACGUUAUCGAGGAGAAAGGAGAGAAUGCUCGCCUGUCUGCCUUUGUCGGCGCUAUUGCCGUCGGAGACCUCGUUAAGAGCACACUGGGCCCCAAGGGAAUGGACAAGAUUCUGCAAUCAGCGUCGACCGGAGAGAUUCUCGUUACGAACGACGGUGCCACUAUCCUGAAAGCGAUUGCCCUCGAUAAUGCCGCAGCGAAAGUCCUAGUCAAUAUCUCCAAGGUUCAAGAUGAUGAGGUUGGUGACGGAACGACCUCGGUGACGGUGUUGGCGGCGGAGCUGCUGCGUGAGGCGGAAAAGUUGGUGAACCGCAAGAUCCAUCCCCAGACCAUCAUCGAAGGAUACCGUAUAGCUAGCCGCGCUGCUCUGGAUGCCCUCGAGAAGGUUGCUGUCAACCGCAGCGAGGAUAAGGAGAAGUUCCGCAAGGACCUGCACUCGAUUGCUCGCACUACCCUUAGCUCCAAGGUCCUGGCCCAGGACCGUGACCACUUCGCUACCCUCGCCUGCGACGCCGUUCUUCGACUUCGCGGAUCUACCGAUCUCAGCCAUAUCCAGAUUAUCAAGAAGGCUGGUGGAAAGCUGAGCGACUCGUAUCUGGACGAGGGAUUCAUUCUUGACAAGAAGAUUGGAGUGAACCAGCCCAAACGCUUGGAGAAUGCCAAGAUUCUCGUUGCCAACACAGCGAUGGACACAGAUAAGGUGAAGAUCUUUGGCGCACGAGUCAAGGUCGAGUCGACGGGCAAGCUGGCCGAGCUGGAGAAGGCAGAGCGUGAGAAGAUGAAGGCCAAGGUCGAGCGGAUCAAGGCACACGGUAUCAACUGCUUCGUUAACCGGCAACUGAUCUACAACUGGCCCGAGCAGCUGUUCACCGAGGCUGGCAUCAUGUCCAUCGAACAUGCCGACUUCGAUGGUGUCGAGCGUCUUGCUCUGGUGACAGGCGGAGAGAUUGCCUCUACGUUCGACCACCCAGACCAGGUAAAACUGGGCCACUGCGACGUCAUUGAAGAAGUCAUCAUUGGCGAAGAUACCCUGAUUAAGUUCUCCGGUGUGGCUGCGGGUCAGGCAUGCACCAUCGUGCUUCGCGGUGCUACGGAGCAGCUGCUCGAUGAAGCUGAUCGCUCUCUCCACGAUGCUCUCGCCGUGCUUUCGCAGACUGUGAAGGAUCCUCGCGUUACACUGGGAGGUGGCUGCGCGGAGAUGGUCAUGGCCAAGGCCGUUGAGCAGGCAGCCCAGAAUACCACCGGCAAGAAGCAGAUUGCCGUUGAUUCAUUUGCACAUGCUCUGAAGCAGCUGCCGACCAUUCUCGCCGACAACGCCGGUCUUGACUCCAGCGACCUUGUCACCCGACUACGACAGGCCAUCAACAACGGCAUGACCAGCUCUGGCCUGGAUCUCCUCACACCUGGUGGCGGCAUUGCUGAUAUGCGCGAGCUGGGAGUUGUUGAAAGUUACAAACUGAAGAAGGCUGUUGUGUCUUCUGCGUCCGAGGCUGCAGAGCUUCUCCUGCGGGUUGACAAUAUUAUCCGGGCUGCCCCCCGCCGACGCGAGCGGAUGUAA